UACGGACAAUUUAGUCCGUCGGACCUAUUCAGGAAGCGCGUCCUGGAUUUGACCUGCUCAUCUGUAAAAUGGACUUCUAGCUGGAAAGAAGAGUCAUGUUUAGCCUAAAGGCGUUGCAGAAAAACAAAACAGUCAAAUAUGGAGUCCCUAUGCUUUUGCUCGUAGUUGGAGGUUCCUUCGGCCUGCGAGAGUUUACACAAAUCCGAUAUGAUGCCCAGAGGAUCAGAAAAAGGCUGGAUCCUUCACUGGAGGCCAAAGUGGACAUCCAGAAGCAGUCAGUCAUGCUGGAGGAGGAGUACGAGAAGAUGAAGCAGGUGAAUAUGGAGGAGUGGAAGAACAUCCGUGGUCCUCGUCCCUGGGAGGACUCCAAGGAGUACCAGGAGCAGCAGCGCACCAGGCAGAAUAAACAGGACUGAGGACCAGGCCCGGCAGGUGGAGCGGACUGAACGCACACCGCAGCAGGGCGGAGCAGAAAAUAACGGACGGAGUCUCGGGGCGAUGCCGCCGCUGAGACCCAAUAAGCCCUGUCGCUGCAGCUUCAGGCAUGAACCCGACUCGUGUGGUCUUGGUUUGCGUUGAACUUUCGUAACAAGUUGUGGUCCCUUCUGGUUCUAACACAUUCAGAACUACAAGUGGUUAAAAUGACAGCACAUGAGCCCAAAACCCGUCAUAUAGGUUCAAGGAUGCAUUGAUCUCUAUUGUGUUGUACUCACCUGUUGGUAGGUUAUUCUCCACUCUGGUGAUCAGGAGUUUGUAAUAAUAACUACCAGUAGGUGGCACAUCUGUGUGCUGCUGCACCUUACCUUUCACAUGGAAAAUAUGUCUGUGUAUGAUCUCCAUGUCUCAAUAAAUUAUGUUCCAUUG